UCCAGGUUCCUGUCCAGGUUCUGGUCCAGGUUCUGGUCCAGGUUCUGGUCCAGGUUCCUGUCCAGGUUCUGGUCCAGGUUCCUGUCCAGGUUCUGGUCCAUCAUGGCUGCUGCAGAACCUGAUCUGCAGCCUGUGAAACGAAGCAGCAGCCUGGAACUUAUUCCUCCUUCCAUGUCUGAGCUCAGAGUGGUUCUACUGGGAGGAAACUGGUCUCAGAGGAGUUCAGUGGGGAACUUCAUACUGGGAUGUAAUGGAUUCAACAAAUCAUUGAACACCUUUAAGAAGAUUUCUGCUGAACUGGAAGAGAAACAAAUAUCAGUGAUCAACAGUCCAGAUGUUUCGUUCUCCACAGCAGAAAAACUGACAGAGUUCAUUAGAAAAUGUGCUGAAGUCUCUGAUCCUGGACCUCAUGUCUUCCUGUUGGUUCUUCAUCCUGAAAGUUUCACUAGAGGAGAGAAAGAUAAGAUUUGCAGAAUCCUUCAAGACUUCAGUGAUCGAUCAUUUGAUCAUUCAUUGGUUCUGAUCCUGAAGUCCAUACAGGAAGGUUCUAUGAUCGGUUCUCCUCUGAAGGAUCUGAUCAGAAAAUGUAGAUACAGAAAUUUAAAGAUGGAGGAAACUGAACGUGAGCAGCUGCUGAUUCACUUUGAUCAAAUUGCAAGAGAAAAUGAUGAAAAUCAUGUGAGAUAUGAAGAGUUUGUAGAAACAGCAACGACUUUACCGUCAGACCAUCAGACUCAGAAACGACCUGCAUCCAGACUUGCUGCUGUUAAACCCAAAUCUAGAGGAGAGCAGAUUCUGCCUCCUUUAAACCUGGUUCUGUUUGGUCCAAGUGAACCACUGAAGACGGCAGCAGCCAAGGUCAUUCUAGGUCACAAGGAUCUUCCUUCAGAGUGUGUUAGAAAGCAGGGAGAGGUGUUUGGACGUGGGGUUUCUCUGGUGGAGCUGCCUGCGCUGUAUGGAAAAGCUGAGCAGGAAGUGAUGGAGGAAUCCUUCAGGUGUGUCUCCCUCUGUGAUCCUGAGGGUGUCCACGCCUUCAUCCUGGUCCUACCUGUGGGUCCCCUCACUGAUGAAGACAAGGGAGAGUUACACACCAUCCAGGACACAUUCAGCUCUAGAGUCAACGACUUCACCAUCAUCCUCUUCACUACAGAGACUGAUGCUGAACAUCCAGAUGUUGAUAAGUUUAUAGAGAACAAGAACAUCCAGGAUCUCCUCCAGAUCUGUGGAGGAAGAUAUUUUGUUCUGAACAUCAGAGACAGACGGCAGAUCAAAGAACUGAUGGAGACGCUGGAGAAAAAUGUUUCUGACAGAGAGAAAGAUUCAUCUUAUACAACUAAAACAUUAUUAUGGGGCCAAACGGAGGAUAAACUGCAGCUACAGAAUAAACUGAACAGGUUUGAGUCAAAGACUGUGGCUACAGACCCUCAGCAGAUCCCAGCAGCAGAUUGUCUCCGGAUCGUUCUGAUCGGGAAAACUGGCGGCGGGAAAAGUUCCUCAGGAAACACCAUCCUGGGCAGGAAGCAGUUUGAAGCUAAAGCGUCUCAACAGUCGGUGACUAGAAACUGUCAGAAAGCCCAGGCUGCGAUCGCAGGUCGGCGGGUCGUCGUGGUCGACACUCCUGGUCUGUUUGACAACACUCUGACCGCCGACCAGGUGGACGAGGAGCUGCUGAAGUGCAUCAGCCUGCUGGCCCCGGGGCCACACGUCUUCCUGCUGGUGCUGCAGGUCGGCAGAUUCACAGAGGAAGAGAAACGGACUUUAAGACAAAUGAAGAAAGUUUUUGGUAAAAACUCAGAAGAUUUUACCCUCAUUCUGUUCACUGGAGGAGAUAAACUGCAGUACGAGGAGAAAACAAUAGAAGAAUACAUUAGAGAGGGACGUGAUGAAUCCUUUAGGAAGCUGGUCAACGACUGCGGAGGAAGAUGUCACGUUUUUAAUAAUUAUGAUAAAGAAAACCGAUCACAAACCAAUGAACUGAUCCAGAAGAUCAAUAACAUGGUGAAGAAGAACGGAGGAAAAUGUUUCACCAGCGAGAUGCUGCAGGAGGCCGAAGCUGCCAUCCAGAGAGAGGUGAAGAGGAUCCUGGAGGAGAAAGAAGAAGAAAUUCAGAAACUGAAGGAGGAACUUCAAAAGAAACACCAAGAAGAAAAAGAAACACUGAGAAGAAAAAUGGAAGAACAGAGAGAAGAGAUGGAGAAAGAGAGAAAACAGAGAGAUGAACAAUUUAAAGAGAUGGAGGAAAACAACAGGAAGGAGAGAGAGCAGAAAAAGAGAGAACAGAGAGAAAGAGAAGAGGAGGAGAAGAAAAGAAAAGAGGAGGAAGAACGACAACAACAACAGUGGGGAAAAGAACGACAAGAUUUAGAGAAAAAGAUCAAACAGGAAUCAGAAGAAAAGGAAACAAUCGACAGAAAACUGGAAGAGAUGAGAAAACAGAUGGAGGAAAAACGAGACGCCUGGGAGAAGGAAAGAAAGGAGUGGUGGGAAAAACGACACCGAGAAGACGAAGAGAGACGAGAAGAACUGAAGAGAUUUCAGGAGAAAUACGAAAAAGAAAGAGAGAAAUAUGAAAACCAGAGGAGAGAAGAUGAAAAGAGGAGGAGAGAACAGGAGGAGGAGAGGAAAGAAUUAGAGAAAAAAUAUCAGAAUCAACUGGAGGAAGUAAAGAGGAAGUUUGAAGACGAAGCCAGAAAACAUGCAGAAGAAUUUAAUGAGUUCAAAGAAAAAUACAAGAAAGAUUUUUCUGCUCUGCUGCAAAAACAUGAAGAGAAACGAGAGAAAUGAAGGAAAAACAACAGAAAGAAAUGAGAGAAAAACUGAAAGAGUGAAACGACUAAACAGGUCAAACAUCAAGUUUAUGAUAAAUGUGAUUAAAAUGAAUGAAUCACAGAAACAAAAAGUAAAAAAUGUCAGAAAAAACACAGAGUGAGGCAUCACUACAUCCUGAAGAUCUUUGGUUUCAGUAAAGUUGAUCAAACUAUUUUAGUUUCUUUAAAUCUUUACAUUUAUUUUAAUUAAAGUGAAUUUUGUUUAAAGUAUUGUAGUUUAUUAGAAAUCAUUAUUCAGUAAUAAAUUAAUAUUCCAACAUUAUUGCAGCAGAACCAUCAGUUAGAAACAAACAUUGUUAUAAAAUUUAAUAUUUCUGUUUUUAUUCAUUUUCCUGCUGUCUGUAAUAAGAUAUCAGGAAUUAUUUUGUUUUUUACAUUUUUUUUACAUUUUCUUUUUUAUAAAUGGAACCAUUAAUUCACAAACAUUUCAACAUGAAAGUCUGUAAAUUUAUUUGUAUUUUUAUUGUUUACUAUUUUACAACUGAUGAAUCAAAAAUAUAAAGUGAAAUUAUGAGUAACUUGUAUAAAGUUGGGAUUGUUUGGUUCUUAUUAAAGAGACAAAAUGUUCUUCAUCUGAUUAUUUUUAUUCUUACAGGAAAGUUUAUUCAGAUUCAUUUAAUGGCUCUUAUUUUAUCACAUUUCACAAUAAAAUGUUUCUUUCUGAAUAAUUUAGUGAUUAUUUGUUGUAAUAAAUGAAUCAUAAAUUUCCUCUGAUGCUGCAGAAAACCUCGAUUCUUCAUGAUGAACCAUCUUGAGUCUGAAACUUAAAGUUUUACUGAAUCUAUUUUCUGGCUGUUUGAUUUGAAACAUGGAUUUUAUUUUAAAUAAAGUUGGUAUCAAUGUUA